GUCAUAUCUCAGCGACGACACGUCUUCAGAUUGCACCAUGGCGGAGGCUGAAUCUCAAAAGGUGAUCAAGUUAGUUCCUGAGUAUCUACUGAAGAAGAGGAAAGCUUACCAGGCCAUUAAAGCCACACAAGCCAAGCUUGCACUUCUUGAUAAGAGAAAGGUAUCGAAAGGCAAACCAUUGAAAUUCAAGCGUUUGGAAGACUUCUUGAAAGACAGCCACAAGAAGCAUCGUGAUGAAACUCGCAUCCGCAGAACACAGCACAGGCCGCCUGCCCCUCUGCCUCCUGCUAAGAAUAAGCUAGCCUUUGCUGUCCGCAUCAGAGAGAUUAAAGGUGUCAGCCCCAAAGUGAUGAAGGUGAUCCAGAUGUUGAGGCUGAGGAAGAUCUUCAGUGGGGCCUUCGUCAAAAUCAACAAGACCUCUGUAGCGAUGAUGAAGGUGGUGGAGCCCUAUGUGGCCUGGGGGUUUCCCAACUUGAAGUCUGUUCGUGAGCUCAUUCUGAAGAGAGGACAGACCAGGAUAGGCAGGAGGAGAGUCCCACUCACAGACAACGCCUUCAUUGAGCAGCACAUGGGUAAACACGGCAUCAUCUGUCUGGAGGACCUGAUCCACGAGAUCUACUCAGUCGGUAAGAGCUUCCGGGCAACCAACAACUUCCUCCUGCCUUUCAAGCUGUCAGUGGCUCGUCACGCCGCCAGGGAUAAAGCUGGGCUCCUGAAGGACCUGGGAAACCCUGGAUUUCGUGGUUCGGACAUUAACACUAUCAUCAGACAGCUGAACUGAGGAGAAACGCUUGCAAGAUGGACACCCAGCAGCAUCUUACAGGAUGCUGUACUUCCUGAGGAGCAAACGCCACUGACAACAAAAUAUUUAAAAUUUGUUUCAUUGGCAGAGAAGCUCGUGGGCUUCACCCUGUACACACAUUCUCUGGUUACAUUCUCUGGACACUGGGAGAUAUCAGAAAAGUGGAGUCUUUUCCUUAACCAUGUUGUUUUUGUUUUGUGCUCAUGUUUUAUAAAAAAAAUAUAUAUAUAUAACGUGGUGCCCCUGACAGUGGACAGAUGGAAGCAGCUCUAUGGUGAAAAUGCUGUAUGUUAAAGUAUGUUUAAUUAGUACAUGUAAUAUUCCUCAGGUUGUCAGAGGAACGGAUCAAUACUUGCUACAUAUACAAGGACAGGAAAUUGAUUAAUUAGGAUGAGUUGUCCUACCUGCAGGAGCCACCAGCCCAUCUACAGCAAAUUCAUUUACUGCAGUCAAUAGGUUUCAAUGUGAAAAGGGGUAAAAAAAAAUCUGUUUAACACUGAUUCACUGAUUGAUUGACUGUUGUACACUUUGUUUUUACAAU